AUGGUUCUGGUGAACCCCCAGAGUGGGCGGGGCCAGGCUCUCCAGCUUUUCUCCGGGCAAAUCGAGCCCAUGCUCACCGAGGCUUCAGUCCCUUACACAUUGGUCAUCACUGGUCAGUCCCUACACAUUGGUCAUCACUGGUCAGUGCCCUACACAUUGGUCAUCACUGAGCACCAGAACCAUGCGAGGGACCUGGUGAGAGAGACUGAUCUGUCACAGUGGGACGCUCUGGUCAUCCUGUCAGGGGACGGGCUGCUGUUCGAGGUGCGCCAAGUGUUGAAUGGUCUUCUGGAGAGAGAGGACUGGGAGGAGGCCAUCCAGACCCCACUGGGCAUCUUACCGGGGGGCUCGGGCAACGCCCUGGCAGCCUCUGUUCACCACUACACUAAGUCUCCCCCGGUCUGGGGUAAGGAGCUGCUGCUGAGCUGUGGCUUCCUGCUGUGUAAAGGCCUGGUGACUCAGCUGGACCUGGUCUCUGUCCACCUGGCCUCCAGCCAGCGCAUCUUCUCCUUCCUCUCCCUGGCCUGGGGCUUCGUGGCCGACGUCGACAUUGAGAGCGAGAAGUACCGCCUCGUUGGCCCCAUGCGAUUCCUGGUUGGUACGCUGAUGCGCCUGGCCUCCCUCAAGGUAUAUCAGGGUAGGCUGGCAUACCUGCCUGCUCCUCCCUUCACACCCCAGAACUCCUCCCUCUGCUCCUCUCUACCCUGUGGGCCCAACAGCUCCCCCAAUCAGAACUCUCGCCACAACCACAUCACAAACUCCAAUCACAGCACAAACUCCAACCACAACACCGCCCACAACUCCUCCAACAUUGCCAUCACAACCAUGAGGACCGAGCCCCAACCAGUCAACCAGAAGGGGCCUCCUGACUCGCUCCUAGCAGACCUGGAGCAGCCGGUGCCUGAUCAUUGGACAGUAGUGAAUGAGGAAGACUUUGUACUGGUAUUGGCCAUGUUCCAGUCCCACUUGGCUGAGGACCUGUUUGCCGCCCCUGGGGCCGCAGCAGACGACGGCUUCAUCCACCUGUUGUAUGUGCGUGCAGGCAUCUCCAGACUAGCCCUGCUCACACUCUUCAUGACCAUGGAGAAGGGGGGGCACCUGGCUAUUGGCUGCCCACACCUUGUGUAUGAGAGGGUGAAGGCCUUUCGCCUGGAGCCUCUGUCCCCCGAGGGAGCGAUCACUGUGGACGGGGAGAUGGUGGAGUACGGGCCAGUACAGGCCCAGGUUCAUGAAGGAAUCGCCAGGCUCAUCUCAGGCUGA